AGCAUACUGCAAACAACACAACACACACACAACACGUUGUUGCGAACGACACGAAGAAACGAAAUGUAUAAAAUUACAAGAGCAUAGCAGCUGCGACGUGAAACGAGACAUGGCAACACAGUACACGAACGAAUCUUACAACAUACAACAGUUCGAAGGCAGAUUUUUCGUGUGCUACACAAUUUAAAGCCAACAUUUAAAGUGAUAAAAAAAACUAACGCGAGUAAGCUCGAUUAACAGAACUAAAAUGCAGGGUACGAACUCCAGAGACGAUCAUGCAUUCAAUAUCAAUUUCGUGAAAAUAAUUAAGAAGAAGCGCUGUCUAUACGAUAAGACAUUACCCGAAUAUCGAAAUAAAGACGAACAUGAAAAAGCUUGGGAACAAAUUGCAUCGGAAUUGAACGAAAAUGUUCCACACUGCAAGGAGCGCUGGCGCAAUCUGAGAGCAUGUUUGACAAGACACUUAAAGAACAGCAAACAACAGAUCGCCACGGGAAACACUAACUACAAACCGUAUUACUUGGCAGAGCAUAUGAAGUUCGUACUUCCGUACACCAAGUCGAGGCAACGAGAUAACGUCAUAGUGACGGAAGAAAACACCAAUGCACCAAUACAAGUACAAAAAAUCGAAAUAGAUGAAUACGAUGACGAAAAAUCAUCGGAACCUGAACCGCCUGCGUUGACCAUUCAAACCAUGAUGGCGAGCAGUCCUAAUCCGACGACCAGAUUCGUUUUCGUGCCACCGAUUAGCUCUACGCCUAAUGCUCCGGUUAAAAGAUCGGCAGCAGCCGUAGAACAAGAGUCUCGACCAGAAGGUGAUAAUCCAGAUAACGUAGCUGCGUCCGUAGAGAAGAAACUGAAAACUAAGCCGGAUGCAACAGCCACAGCCGUCACAGAAAUUGAUGAUUCAGCCGAUCUCAAUUUCUUCAAAAGUUUGCUGCCAGACAUUCGGCAGAUGACACCAGCACAGAAACGAAAGUUUAAAAUGGGAAUUUUCGAGCUAAUAAACAACAUUGUCGACUAAGCGAAUGUUUCCAAUAAAUUUGAAAUGUUUAUUCA